UUUUACAGCUACGGCUUCAGCAGAGAAGGACCCGUGAGCAGCUGGCAGACCAAGGCAUCAUGCCACCACUGAAAAGCCCAUCCGCGUUCCAUGAACAGCGAAAAAGUCUGGAGCGAGCCAAGACUGAAGAUUAUCUCAAGCACAAGAUCAGAAGCAGACCUGAGCGAUCAGACCUGGUCAAUAUGCACAUUUUACAAGACUCAGCUGCAGAGGGGUCCAUUCAGUCUACUCAAAUGAAGCUGAAAAGAGCCCGACUGGCAGAUGAUCUCAAUGAAAAGAUUGCUCUCAGGCCGGGUCCUUUGGAGCUGGUGGAGAAGAAUAUUAUUCCUGUCGACUCAGCUGUGAAAGAGGCCAUAAAAGGCAACCAGGUCAGCUUCCCCAAGUCGGCCGACGCCUUCGCCUUCGAGGAGGACAGCAGCAACGACGGGCUGUCCCCAGAGCAGGCCAGGAGCGAGGACUCCCCGGGCUCCACCGAGUCGGCAGCCGGCACCAAGGCCCCGGAGGCAGCCCCCGCCGCCCCUGCCGGGGCACCCCAGGAUCACCCCCAUGGUGCUGACGGCCAUGCACCGGACCUGGCCUCGGGGCAGGGCAGCCAGUGCGAGAGCCCCAAGCAGGCAGCUGGGCAGGAGAGCCCACCCCUCCAGGUGCCCUCCACUGUGAAGUCCAAAUCAUCCAGUGACAGCAAGAACCGUCACAAAAAGCCCAAGGACACCAAGCCCAAGGUGAAGAAGCUGAAGUAUCACCAGUACAUCCCUCCAGACCAGAAGGCAGAGAAGUCCCCUCCACCCAUGGACUCUGCAUAUGCCAGACUCCUCCAGCAGCAGCAGCUCUUUCUGCAGCUCCAGAUCCUCAGCCAGCAGCAGCAGCAGCAGCAACAGCAACAGCAACAGCAGCAGCAGCAGCAGCACUUCAGCUACCCAGGGAUGCACCAAGGCCAGCUAAAGCAAUCAAAUGAGCAAAUGGUCAAAAGUUCAAAUUCUUCAUCAACUUCAGUCAACAACACCCCUCUUUCUCCUGUGAAAACCACCUUUUCAGGCCAGACUUGUGUCUCAUCUAUCAAGCCAGGCCCUCUGCCGUCUAACCUGGAUGAUCUGAAAGUGUCAGAACUGAGACAGCAGCUCCGAAUACGAGGCCUGCCUGUGUCGGGUACCAAAACAGCACUGAUGGAACGGCUGCGGCCCUUCCAGGAGUGCGGCAGCAACGCAGUGCCAAACUUCAGUGAGAUCACCACUGUCACCUUCCCAGUCACUCCAACAAGCACCCUGUCAAGUUACCAGUCGCAGUCCUCCACCAACAUGUUAUCAAAUGGCUUCUACCACUUUGGCAGCACCAGCUCCACCCCACCCAUCUCUCCAGCCUCCUCCGACCUCUCUGUGAGUGGCUCUUUGCCAGACACAUUCAAUGAUGGGCCCAUGUCUUCUCCACAGUUUGGUCUCCAACCAUCUCCAGUUCAUGGCAGUGCUGAAGAAAGCCUCAUGAGCAGCAUGAAUGGAGGGAGCAUCCAGCUGGAACUGGAAGGGAUCGACACCGAGAAAGACAAGAUGCUGGUGGAGAAGCAGAAGGUCAUCAAUGAACUGACGUGGAAGCUGCAGCAAGAGCAGAGGCAGGUGGAAGAGCUACGGAUGCAACUCCAGAAGCGAAAGAGAAGCAAUGGCCUUGAGGAGAAGCAGCAGCCUACUCAGCAUUUCUUUGGUGUCCCCAUCAAGCAAGAAAACACAGUGUCCAGCUGUCCAUUUGCAUCCAAACAAACUGCCUUGAAAGGCCAAGCCAGCAGCUCGGAUAAAUUAAGUAACUGUGGGGUGCCGCAGCUGCCUCACAUUGUAAAUAGCCACUGCUUGGAGCCUGCAGGGCAAAGCACCAUCACCUCCUCAACAUUCCUGAGCCCACAGUGCUCCCCCCAGCACUCUCCACUCGGGGCUGCAAAGAGCCCCCAGCACAUCAGCCUGCCGCCGUCCCCCAACAGCCACUAUCUCCUCUCGGUGUCCCCUGGCUCACAGGCAGAAGGGCGCAGUGGGUCCCCGCAGACCAACAGUUGCCUUCGCACAGCAUCGAUGGCUACGCAGGCAGGUCAAAAGUUUUCUAUUCCAUCCCCAAGUUUUUGUAAGUCAAGCCCAGCUCUCUCAGAGGUAAAGCAGCCUCCACCCUAUGAGGAUGCAGUAAAGCAGCAGAUGACACGAAGUCAGCAGAUGGACGAGCUCCUGGACGUGCUGAUUGAGAGCGGAGAAAUGCCAGCCAAUGCCAAGGAAGAUCGGUCCUGCCUCCAGAAAGUACCUCAGAUAACAGUGUCUACAGGGAACUCCAGCGCUUCUCUCCCAAAGUCAUCCACCGCGUUUGAGCAGGUCUCCUCAGCCCAGCUCUCCUUUGAGCACUGUCCGGGCAGCAGUGAUGCUCACCUCGAGGUCCUGCUGAAUGCCCACAGUCCCCUGGGGAGGGUCAGUGAAAUCGCCCUGCUGAAGAUGGGGGGAGAAGAGUCCCACUUUGAAGGGAUGAUGGAGGGGUUCUCCGGCAAAGCCGCAGAUGAACUGCUCACCUCCCAGGAGAUUUUACAGACUCCCCUCUCACCUAUGGAAACCCAGCUCUCCCCUUCCCCUGCUGAUGGCUCCGGUUUACAAAUGAGUUUCACUGAGUCUCCAUGGGAAACGAUGGAGUGGCUGGACCUCACCCCUCCCAGCUCUGCCACCGGCUUUGGCUCACUCACCCCCGCGGGUCCCAGCAUCUUCAACAUUGAUUUCCUAGAUGUUACCGAUCUCAAUCUAAACACCAGCAUGGACCUGCAUCUGCAGCAGUGGUGAAGGGGAGGGGGGUGGAGGCAGGGUACUGUAAGCCUGCAGCAGCCAGUACAGUGUUUCUGUCAUGACGGAGAACACACAGGGCUAAUAUGCCACUUCCAGGGGAAACUGGAGUCAUUUUCCCAGCAUAUAAACUUGUUUGAAUUUCCAAUUAGUGCAAACUGACAGCACAACAGCUCUGGAACUUUGGUUUUCCUCCAUUGACACGUCCCCACAGAGGACACCAGUGCCUUUAACAACACAUCUUUAGAUUGACAAGAAUUUCAGUUUUGUUUCUUUUAUCUUUUUUCCUCCCAGUUUUAGCAGUCACUCUCGUGAGAACUGGAGCAGCUCAUGACAAAACUGUGUGGUGAGGAGACCUCACCUGGGUGGCAAUGGGAAAUCACGGAGAGGAGAGCCCAUUGCUGCCCCCUCCUCUACACCCCUCCUGUCCAUCCAGCCCUUCAGGCAAUCCUGCUGGGCUCAUCUUGGCCAUGCCCAGGCCAGGGGGUAUGGGAGCAGGGAGGCUCUGCCCAGCCAGGGCAGCAAGCACACUUCUCCACACAUCCAGGCUCACCUUGCUUCCUUCCUCCUGCCCCCGAAGCUGCGUUGCCCAGUCCCUGCACAGCUCUGCUCCAGGUGGAUGAGAGAUGGAGACCACCAUGUUUGUGAUGGCACCUUGUCAUGGUGCCUGGGGGGUUGAAAGUCCAGGAGCCAUCCCAGUUGUAGUCUGAACUGAAACAGGCUGAAGCCUGUGACCUUAGAGCAGAGAGCUCUGGACGUUGGAGGUAGCUGCUCAGGCUGUACGUACAGGUGUUGAAGGGACGUGGCAUGCCUGUGGAGCUGCCAUGUCCCAGCUAGUGUGGUACGGACGAAGAGAUGUGUAAUGAGUUUUGGUCCAAGGUAGGAGCAAGUCAUAUAGAAAAUACAGCCAGGCUUUGAAGGGGCUGUCCUUUGCACAGCCAGAAGUCAGGAUGGAUCUCCAUCACCUUGCAUGACCUGGAAGCAGGGGUGCCAGAAACGGGCACUCAGUGACCUGCGCAUGGGGCAGGGCUGAGCGGGCCCUUGCAUGGCUGCCAUUUUGUGAGAGCUUUUGUUGCCUCCACUUCUCCGCCGUCCAUCCCUCUGUCCUUCUUCCCAUUCCUUCUUGAUCCCCAGCAGUCAUCCCCUUCUUCCCAAGUUUACUCCAGCAUCACUGUUCACUCAGCCCAGAGCAAGGCCAUCCAGAGAACAGCUGUGAAUCACUGAGCCUAGAGGAGCUAGUUCUCCUGAAGCCGGCAGAGAUGAAUGCUCUCCUGCAGUGAUGCCUCCCGUUUGAAGUCACCAGCAUUUCUCCUAUGAGUCUUUGUGCAAUAUACUUCCUCAGGCUCUAGAGAGAAGGAGCCUUUGCUUCACAUCUUGGCUUCCACCAAAGAACUUGCUGCAGACUGUUUGACGGACACGUCUACUUCUCUGCAAUUCUGGUUUUACCAAAGUAAAUAUUGUUGCUGACAAAGAUUGUUAAACUAUUUACAGACUGAGCAUAUUUAAUAUUUGUGUUACUGGAAGGACAGCACAUCGGAGAUGCAGCAGCUGGGGAGGAGGUCCGGCGCGAGGGGCCUGUGGGCAGCCUGGCCGUGGCUCCCGUGGGGCAGUCCCCCCAGGGAUGCUGGAGCUGUUGGAGGAGGCUCUGCAGCCCCUGCUGUGUCUCCAGUUCGUGGCGUUGUUGCAUGCUGUAUAAAGCACAUGGCAGUAGCUUUCAACUCACUAUUUAAAGCACCACUUUUCUAUUGUACAAAUGGUCACAGUGCACUGCUAGGAUAGACGAUCACAGGUUGCAUUUUUUUAAAAGAAUUUCUUUUUCUAAAUGAGAGAUUUUUGAAGCCGGUCCAUGGAGAAUAUUAAUAGCACUUGAAACAGAGUAGUGUUAGUUACUACACUGCGUCAUUGUACAGGGCUUUCCAGAUAACUUUCUGCUCUCAGCAAAUGUAUUUCCUUAUUUAAAGGGAUGCUGUCAGCUUCAAACUUGUAAGCAAGCACAUUUCCUUACCUAUGUUACCAGCAACACCUUCAUUAUU